AAAGCUGAAGUUUGGCGUUUUUUCUUCUGGUAGCAACAGGAAACAGGCGUUUUUAAGUUGCGUCGAAAACAAAAUCGACGGCCAACUUGACCAGUCUCUUCUAAACAUUUCUUUGGCAGCUGUUAUUAGACUAUAAAUAGAUCAUAAACGUGCGCAGUAUAUAAAGCAAGGAAACCGAGGUUACUGAAACAGUACCCAAUACACGUAUAAGCAAAAUCUCUAGUCAAUUUCUCACUACAAAAACAUGUUACUUGUUAGGAGUGUCCACCGUCUUCUAAUACAUAAAAAUCCUCCAGUUCAGGGGAUUCCAUUUCACUUUGGUGCAAAACAUGAAUCAGGAUUACCUUCGAACAUGGAAGAGUUAGAUGCCCAAGAUCGGGUUGGAUUCUCAGCCAACAGGCACAAGGAUAUCAGUUUUGGAAUUGUCCAAAGUCAAACAUCAUCUAUGUUUGGAAGCUCUUUUAUGAGUGAUCAAUCAAGUCAAGGAGCACGACAACUAGAGAAUUAUGAAUACCUUGGUUCUAUUAGCUUGAAUGCUGUGACACAGACUAAUGUGCCCCAGCCGUUUUAUCCAAGUAUUGAAAAAGAAAAUUCUCCUCGGAUGAAUAUGCCAGAAAACUGCAUUAGUCAACACAUUAAGUUUACUUCCAGCGACUUGCAGGAGACUCUCCAUCCUGGAAGUAAUCAAAGUGUGCAAGAGGGGAUCAAGAAAAAUAGAGGUAAUAGUUGGUAUUUGCAGCAUGGUUUGCACAAUGCAUGGAUACCUAACCAGAGCUCGAUGAGAUACUAUAGUGAUUCUAAGGCCCCUGAGUCAACUAAAACUAAACUGAAGCGAGCUGUUAAAGAUUAUGGCGCAACUGUCAUAGUGUUCCACGUCUUGAUAUCAGUUACAUCACUUAGCAUCUGUUAUGCAGCGGUAGCCAGCGGACUAGAUGUACCUGGCUUGCUCUCCCAGAUUGGUGUCUCCAGCGAGAUGUUGAAUUCAAAAUUGGCGUCAGGAGCAUCAACUUUCCUGAUAGCAUAUGCCGUUCACAAGCUAUUGGUGCCCAUUCGAAUCAGCGUCACUCUAGGAUGUGUUCCGUUUAUCGUGCGUUAUUUACGUAGAGUUGGAUUUUUGAAGAAUCCAUCCGCUUAAACCUAUCAUGGGCAUCCAUUUUUGUAUCUUUCGUAAUAAAUUCCUUUUCUACGAGAUACUAA